GCAGUUAACGUGUUUCAAGCCAGAUCAGCUAUUACUGCAUUACUGUCGUAUUACUAUCCCCGACCCGCCGUUGGCCCCACUGUACCAGACCCAAUGCGUCCCACUGUCCGUCGGUUGCUUCGUCACUUUGUUGCGUGUUCGUGAUGCAGUUGUUGUUUGCCCUGGUUGUAGUUGUUGUUGCUGUUGCUGGGACUCCGGUUUAGACAGCCGGGCUUCGGACUCCGGGUCUCCUCCGCCUGCCUCCCUCUCUCUUUCGCUGUUCCCCCUCACACUCCCACAGCCCCCUCGGCCGACAGUAGACUUCGGUCAUCGUGGAUUUCUCUGCUCUCCGUUUUGCGGACCUGCAUUUUGCUCUGCACUCUGCGCUGCUCUUUUGUUUCGCUUUCCGCUGCUUCUAAUGCUCGUCCCCCACUUACCCCUUCGCCGACAACACCCUCUCUUUUUCGGUGGCUCUAAGUUAGAGAGAGGGAGAGAGAGGAGACCCCCAAAUGAAAGAGAGGUAGCUUGUUUAUCGUUGCCUUUCUUUUGGGCAGCCUGCCCGCUGCUUUUUUCCGCCUCCUCCUUCAUCUUCCUCUUCUACUUUCAGUGCUUUUCUUCUCUGUUGUUUUCGGUUUUUGCAGCUCUGAGCUUCGCUGCUUCUGUCGCUGCUGCGCUAUGUUGUUGCUUUUUGUCUGUCUCCUCUUUGGUCUUGUUGCUUGUGUCUGUUUUGCUUUUUCGCCCUGCCAUCUUACACACUUACUCACUCACACAUACACAGAAGCAAGCACCUACACGCGGAGACUUUUGUAUGUAAAACUGACGUCGUCGCUGCUGACUCUUCUUUCCUUUUUCUGUCUUUUUUUUUGCACAUUCUCCCUGUUCUCUCUUCUCGCCUGCAUUUUGUGUAUCUCAUCUCGUGUACGCUUUCGCUGCCUUUCCAAUCUCUUCGGCAUCGGGGCAACAACAACGAAAAGCUGGCGUCGCCGUCGCCGUCAUCGUUUUCUCUAUUUUCCUCAAUCGCUGUGCCUUUUCAUUUUCAAUUCGCAUAUUUUUGCAAACUCUACUUUCAGUUAUUCGCCGAUAAUUGAUGUCAAAGGACGCAGUUGUGCUCCGCCGGCGCAGUUUCACAUCGCCUUUGGAAUCAUCGCCGCGGUACAGGUAUCAUUCAGUGCCAGUGUGACCAGUUUCGGUGUGGCCAUGCCCAAGGAGGAUCCGUUCGUGAAUCGGGCCCAGCUCUUGAAGGCGAUCAAGAAAUAUCCGGAGAUCUGGGACUCCAACAACAAGCUGCACAUGUGCCGCAGCGUCACCUCGCCCAUGUGGACGGAGAUCGCCGAGCAGUUCGGCGGUCAUGUGCCGACAGUUAAGUUGCAAUCGAUCUGGAGCCAGAUGAAGUACCACUAUCACAACUUGGUCCACCGCCAGAUCCUCCACAAGGAUCGCUUCAACACCAAGUGGGAGCACUUCGAGCCCAUGUCCUUCAUGUACAACAUUACGGUGGCCAAGAUUGUGGGCGCUCAGUCGAGCGGCGGCAGUGGUGGCGGCACCUCCUCCGAUGUCCCAUCCACUGAAGCAUCAACUGUGGGUGAGGAACCAGCUGCUCCAGUGGCGCCUCCUCCGUUGCCCACCGCCUCCCAUGGUCGCGGACGACCCAGUGGUAGCUUCAGCUGGCUGCAGACCACAACCACUCCCACCGCCCCUCAACUGCCGCAUCUAAUCGCUCAGCCGCCCCAUGGCCAAGGUCAUGGAAUGACAUAUACCGCCUUUACGGGACUGGUACCUCCACCAGCGACUGUGGCCUCAGAGGCGGUGGCCACGCCCCCGCGGAAGUUGGGCCGCCCCAGUUCGUUGCACAAUAGCAUGCGCGGGCGUAUCAUCGAUGCCAUCAAGACGCGUCCAUCGCUGUGGGCCGGACGCCAACGGAGUGAAAAGGGACAGGGUCAGAGUAGAACCUCCGCGGUUUGGAAGGAAGCGGCCAUGGAGAUGGGACUGACACCGACUCUCAUGCAAACGCGCUGGUCAAUCAUCAAACAGCGUUACGUGGACGAACUACAGAAGGAACGCCACGCCCAGUACUCCCACCAGUCCUUCCGCUCCACGUGGGAGCACUUCGAUCGGAUGUCCUUCAUGCGAGAGAUCCUGCUGAAGAAGGUGGAUGAGCGGGAGCAGACUCGCGAACAGAUCCAGGAGAUCGUCAGCGAGCAGCAGCACCACCAGCAGCCGCAGCACCAUCCGUCGCAGCACUUGCACCACUACCGUCCACCACAGCCGCCAGCCGGAUUGGUGGAGCACGCCCAGGACAUGCCCAUCGGAUUGGUGCAGCAUCACCAACACCAGGAGGCACACCAUCCGCCGCUGGUCAUGCACCAUCCGCAGCACCCACAGCCCAUACGCCGGCGGGUCAAGCACGAGUCCGACCUGGAGUGGGAUCCCUUUGAGAUGAUACUCCACGUCCAUGGCGCCGGAGAGCCAGCUGCCAAUUAAAGACUGAGUAAAUAGGGACAGUGGAACCCUAAGCACACCUGAGAAAGAACCUGCACACUUUUGUUUUUUUUUGCACUAAAUAAUAUUAAAUUUAUAGAUUCAAAUAUUUCAAUAUAAUUGAACAAAAUUUUCUUGUUUAUUUUAUAUUACUUGAUACAACUUUAUUAAGUGUAAGGUUUGAUUCGUUACUUAUAGGUUUCUUCUCAGGUGCCAUUUAGAGACCCUAAAAUAAUCGUCAGAUGUAAAAUCAUUAGCUAUAUACCGCAUGCCCACAUCUAUUGAAAACCCUUUUUGUAAUUCCAUUUUCUACUAAUCCGCAAAUAAAUACAUCACUAAGAUAUACAUAAUA